AAGCGAUGCUGUAAAAACAGCGUACCCGACUGAUAGCACAAAUUCUUCCCGUUUUGUUUUUAUUUGUGUCGACAUCGGAGUUCACAGACGACGAGUUCAAAAACAUAUAAUCGUUCAAUACAAACGUGUUCAAAAAUAUUAGUCUUUAAUGAAUGUGAUUCGCAAGGCUUUUGCGGCGAAUUUUGUGCUGAUCGGCUGCAAUAAGGCCCCGUUCAUUUCAUCAUUUUCAAAAGGUUGUCUGCUGUUCAAAUCGGCCGGUCUUCCGUUUCCCUGUCGUCUGCUCCUCGUCUUACUCAUUCAACCGACAUGUCUGCAACCACGACUAACACCGGGAAGAAGGAUACUACUAAUCUUAAGGGAGAGUUCGUUCGCAAAGACAGUGCCUUCCGUAAUUGGAUUACUGAGGAUGGCUCGAGUGGUUUCAAGGCAGAGAUGGAUCGCUACCAUCUCUACGUCUCCCUGGCCUGUCCCUGGGCACACCGCACCCUGCUCGUCAGGGCACUCAAGGGACUCCAGGAUUUCGUGUCCUACACGGUCGUUGACUGGUUCUUAGGGGAUAAGGGGUGGAGCUUCACUGAUGAGAAACCCAAGUGCACACUGGAUACCAUCAACGGUGCCAAGUCUCUCAAGGAGAUUUACUUCAAAGCAGAUGCAAACUACGAUGGUCGUUUCACUGUCCCAGUCCUAUGGGACAAGAAGACCAACACCAUUGUCAACAACGAGUCGUCAGAGAUCAUCCGCAUGCUCAACAAGGAGUGUAAUGCGUUCUGUGCCACGCCCGAGCAACGAGACCUGGACCUGUACCCGGAACAACUCCGAGACAAGAUUGAUGAGCUCAAUGGUUGGAUUUACCCAAUGAUCAACAAUGGCGUGUACCGUGCAGGGUUUGCCAAGAGCCAAGAGGCAUACGACGUGGCUGUGAGGGAAGUGUUUGGUGGACUGGACAAAGCUGAGGGUAUCCUCUCUAACAGCCGCUACCUGACCGGUUCAUCUCUGACUGAGGCUGAUGUACGUCUCUUCACUACCCUGAUACGCUUCGAUACCGUCUACCACGGCCACUUCAAGUGUAACAAGAAACGUAUCAUCGACUACCCAAACAUCUGGGGUUUUGUGCGUGAUGUUUAUCAGAAGGAAGCUGUACGAGAAACGGUGGACCAGCAACACAUCCAGAACCACUACCUGCAAAGUCAUCUCCACAUCAAUCCCUUUGGCAUUGUUCCCAUCGGACCGGAUCUGGACUUUGAGGAACCGCACGGCAGGGACGCCAAGUUUGUGGCUUGAAAUCAAGUUUGUCAAAAGGGCACAACGGAAAGGAAAUGUGUUUAUUCAUGCAGGGAGUUGUAAUUAGUGGGAUUAGCUUGAGUGACUUUUAGCCUUGUUCAGGGUGAAUGUGCAUGAAAAAAAAGUGUUGUAGUAUAUUUUAAAAGUUGCAGAGUAUAAGAGUGACUGUGUUUACAGGCUUGCAACUUUUCCUCGGAUCAGCUGAUUUCCUCUUUUGUUUUAAUUCAUAUAUCUGCCAUUCAAAAUCACUGUAGUCUUCUGAAUGUUGUAAUUUCCUCGUUUUUUGUGUGAAUUUACAGUUGCAUGCCUGUCUUUAGGAGUAGUUAAAGUAAGGUGAAAUAGGACUAUGCAUCUCAUAUUUUGUAUUCAACUGAUCUAAUUUGUAGCCUGUUGAAUGUGGAAAAUAAAAAUGUGAAAAGCCACGCACAAUUUCGUCAACACAAGAUUACAAAAUACAAAUGUACAUCACUAAUUUAAUUUAAAAAAGAGGUCGCUGCGUAGCACUGGAAAAUAGUAGAAAAUAUAACAGUGCUCACCGAUGAUCAUAAGACGUGCCAAAUUUUCGGACACAUAUCCUUCAUCAGGGCUGGGAGGCAACGCAGCCCUGACGUAAAAAUUAUGUUAAAUUAGUACGUUACUAAUUUAACGUACACUCGGGGACGCCAGUUUUCAGGCUGUAGCCUGAAUUUAGGCUUUUUUAUGUUUUGUAAAAACAAACUCAGGCAUUCUAUUCCUUCACGGGUUGGAAAAAUAAAUCCUCUUGUAGCAUGCACUGGGAAAACAAUUGUGCAUGCUGUGCUCCGUGGCAAUUGCCAUGCUAGCUGAAUACACGAAUGUAUGAAUUGUUAAUUCAAAGUAGACAUAUACACGAGUGUGGUGUUGCGGUGUGUUCAUGGUGUAUUACAAUCGUUUUGGCGUGAGUGCCGUCUUUCAUAUUUUUCAGGUACUUGGACAAAAACCCACUGGCAUCCACAGCACACUUGACCUCAGGCAGUGAAUUUCAUACCGUAAAAUAUUAUCUGCAAAUAUUAAUUCCCCUCAUACACGUUAAAGCUACAGUCAUCAUUUGCAGCUAUCCAAAAAGUAUGACGUAAUUAUUGUUGAAACAGUUAAGCGCACAUUUUAAGUAUCUGCAAUAUAACUGGUAUUAUGCAGAUUUAAGCAUGUGGUUUUGUUAAGUAUAACACUUGUUUAUCAGUUUUUAGAGAGAAUUUCUUGUAUCUUUGUGGAGGUGGUGGGAAAAGGUUUCUUCUUAUAUGUCUGAUUAAGAUUGUGUUCAAAAAUUAAGAAAUAAUAAAGGGAUAUCAAGUCAAUAUACAAGUUCUUAAUUGGUAACAUGAAUCAUAUAAUUAUAACUUCAUAAUGAAAUGUGAAUCUCGAAAUUGUUAUGAUUUUUUUUUUAAAUGACGACGAAUCAUACUUUAUUCCUUAGUGCAGUCUCGAUGAUGGUAAUGAUUAUUACAAAAUAAACUGACCUUUCAAUAUCAACCGUAUUCUAAACAUUAACACUUUUAAAGUUUUUAUAUUUUUUUUAUAUUUAAAUGGGAUCGUAUCUUAUUGGAUUUUUGUGUUAAUUUCGUAUUAAUUGAUUUUUUGUUUCUAAUAGUUUAACAUUGUAUUGUAAUCUUAAUUCGGCACGUGCCGCCACGAUGAUUUUUAAUAAACCAGUCUAUCUAAACCAGUCUAUGAGAUCUAUACAUACCGGUA